AUGGAGCGCAGUAAUAGCCCAAAGAGAAGGAAACUCGUAGGAAGUUUCCAUCCUGCGCAAACCGACUCGGGCGACGAUCUAGGCCCGUCCCUCAAGGCUCAACAUGCAUCCAAAGGCCGCUCCGCCAGACCGUCCGACAGAAGCCAUGGCCGCCUGCACCAGUCGAGGCCGCACCAGCAGGAGUUUGAUGGUCCGGAGCCUUUCUUCAACGACGAGGACACUGCAGCUAUGGACCGCGACUGGUACACCGGAGAUGAGUUUGGCCACACCUUUGGCGACGAGACGCAUAACCCUUUCGGUGGUGCAGAUGCUUCUUGGGCAGACAAGCAACGGGAGCAAGCACUGUUGGACAAGAAGUUGGGAAAGAGAAUGACAGCCAAGGCGGCGCAAAAGCAGAAGGAGGUAGACGCCUGGGAAGCCAAUCGAAUGCUCACAUCGGGGGUUGCGCAAAGGCGGGAUCAGCUUCAGGAUUUUGAUGAUGAUGAUGCCGUCAGGGUACAUUUACUGGUGCAUGACCUCAAACCUCCAUUUCUAGACGGGAAGACUGUCUUCACAAAACAACUCGAACCGGUGCCGGCAGUGCGGGAUCCUCAGAGCGACAUGGCUGUCUUCAGUCGGAAGGGGAGCAAGGUUGUACGAGAAAAGCGCCAGCAGAAAGAGCGGCAGAAGCAGGCACAGGAAGCUACAAAUGUCGCCGGUACUGCCUUGGGUAACAUAAUGGGCGUGAGAGAAGACGAAGGAGACAGCGCUGCCGCGGUACCAGGCGAGGAUAGCGGCAAGAGCAAAUUUUCCGCCCAUCUCAAAAAGAGCACCGGGAGCUCUGCAUUCAGCAAAAGCAAGACGUUAAAGGAACAAAGAGAAUAUCUGCCGGCGUUUGCGGUGAGGGAGGAAUUGAUGCGUGUGAUCCGAGACAACCAGGUCAUCAUUGUCGUUGGCCAAACAGGUUCGGGCAAAACGACACAACUGACUCAGUUUCUCCAUGAAGAGGGUUACGGAAAGCACGGCUUGAUUGGUUGUACACAACCUCGAAGGGUUGCUGCCAUGAGCGUUGCCAAGCGGGUAAGUGAGGAGAUGGAAGUCGAGUUGGGCGGACUGGUGGGAUAUGCUAUUCGUUUUGAAGACUGCACAAGCGAUGAGACGGUGAUCAAGUAUAUGACGGAUGGCGUACUGCUUAGAGAAUCCCUGACUCAACGAGACCUAGACAAAUACUCAUGUAUCAUCAUGGACGAGGCUCACGAACGCGCUCUCAAUACCGAUGUCCUAAUGGGCCUGAUCAAGAAAGUUCUCGCCCGACGCAGAGAUUUGAAACUGAUUGUCACAUCUGCCACCAUGAAUUCGGAGCGGUUUUCCCGCUUCUAUGGAGGAGCACCAGAAUUCAUUAUCCCGGGCCGCACAUUCCCGGUUGACAUUCAGUUCUCACGUUCGCCCUGUGAAGACUAUGUUGACAGCGCCGUCAAGCAAGUUCUCGCCAUUCAUGUCUCGCAGGGCACCGGAGACAUUCUCGUCUUCAUGACAGGCCAAGAGGACAUCGAGGUAACUUGCGAGUUGAUCGAAGAGAGACUCCGUCUGCUCGUGAAUCCUCCGAAACUCAUGGUGUUGCCGAUAUAUUCUCAAAUGCCUGCAGAUCUCCAAGCAAAGAUUUUCGAUCCUGCUCCUCCUGGUGUUCGUAAAGUCAUUGUUGCCACCAACAUCGCAGAGACCUCUCUGACCGUGGACGGCAUCAUGUACGUGGUCGACUCUGGGUUCUCCAAGUUGAAAGUGUACAACCCCAAAAUGGGCAUGGAUACGUUGCAGAUCACCCCUAUCUCGCAAGCCAACGCCUCUCAGCGCGCUGGUCGCGCUGGUCGUACCGGGCCUGGCAAGGCAUUCCACCUGUACACCGAGCAAGCGUUCAAGAACGAGUUGUACAUACAGACGAUUCCUGAAAUUCAGAGGACGAAUCUGGCAAAUACGGUACUACUCCUGAAAUCACUUGGUGUCAAAGACUUGUUGGACUUUGAUUUCAUGGACCCUCCGCCGCAAGACACAAUUACCACCUCCCUCUUCGACCUUUGGGCGCUGGGGGCGUUGGACCACGUUGGCGACCUCACGUCCAUCGGCCGCACAAUGACCGCAUUUCCGAUGGACCCCUCGCUGGCCAAGAUGCUCAUCACGUCCGCUAUCGAAUAUGGCUGUAGCGAGGAGAUGCUCACGAUCGUCAGUAUGCUAUCUGUACCGUCUGUGUUUUACAGGCCGAAAGAGAGGCAGGAGGAAUCGGAUGCGGCCAGAGAAAAGUUCUUCGUGCACGAGUCGGAUCAUCUAACACUUUUGCACGUGUACACUCAGUGGAAAAGCAAUGGAUACAGCGACGGCUGGUGUGUUCGGCACUUCUUACACCCCAAAGCGCUGCGUCGUGCAAAGGAGAUUCGGGAGCAAUUACACGACAUCAUGGUUGGUCAACAAAAGAUGGAGCUCGUUUCGUGCGGGACAGACUGGGAUGUCAUACGGAAGUGCAUUUGCUCCGGAUACUAUCAUCAGGCCGCCCGUCGGCGAGGAGUUGGAGAGUACAUCAACCUACGCACCAGCGUCACAGUCCAGCUUCAUCCCACCUCCGCUCUUUAUGGGCUUGGGGAUCCGCCCGAUUACGUUGUCUACCACGAACUGAUCUUGACUAGCAAGGAGUACAUGAGUUGUGUCACCGCGGUGGAUCCGCACUGGCUGGCAGACCUCGGUGGUGUCUUCUACAGCUUGAAAUCAAAGGAGUAUAGUGCUAAGGACAAAAGGAUCAUUGAGAGCGAGUUCAACCGUAAAAUGGAGAUCGAGAGGCAAAUGGCCGAGGAUCGAGCCAAAGAGGAAAGGAGGCGCCAGGAGGAUGAAGAGAAAGAGCGCUUGUUGAUCGGAAGGCCCAAAAGUAGUGGACCCGUGGUCAAGAAGAUGGGCACCAAUGGAGUGGUCAAGAAACCGAUGGUCCCCAGAAGGCGGAUGGGAUUUUGA